CGGUUUCUGCUGUUUUGCUGUCGAGUCACCUCUGUGUCAGGAUGGGGGAAAAGGAACCGCUAUAAUGCUGAAAAACCAAGGUUCCCGACGAGCGAGCGUCGUCAAGCAGGAUAAUUAGAUCCAAAGUCGCCGUUUAUCUUCAACCACUGCGUCGUUUCUCUGACACUUUUGCCAAAAUGAUGGAAGAAAUCGACAGGUUCCAAGUGCCUCCAGUCAACGGGGAGACACAGCCAUUGGACCCAGAAGCUUCUUCCACCUCAGAGACAAACCCGGACACCAAGGGAGAGACUGUGGCCAUGAACUACAAACCCUCCCCACUGCAAGUCCAAAUAGAGAAACAGAGGGACCUUGCCAGGAAGGGAUCAGUGAAGAAUGGCACUGUGGGAAGUCCUGUCAAUCAGCAACCAAAGAAGAAUGCCAGGACAAGGUUGGUGGUGCCAAACAAAGGAUACUCUUCUCUCGACCAGAGCCCAGAUGAGAAACCCCUGGUGGCACUGGACACUGACAGUGACGAUGACUUUGACAUGUCCAGAUACUCCUCAUCAGGAUACUCCUCAGCCGAGGUGAGAUGUCUGAGGGACCAGCAGAUCAACCAGGACCUGAACAUCCAGCUCCUCAAGGACGGUUACCGGCUCGAUGAGAUCCCCGAUGAUGAGGACCUGGAUCUGAUCCCACCUAAAGCAGUUAACUCCACCUGCAUGUGCUGCCAGGCUGCUCCCUCCACAGCCUGUCAGAUCCAGUAGCGCCACCAUCAUGUCCCGCAAAAACUCUUCUGCCUGCCGCCAUCACUGAGGCUGACUACUGACCAGAGUGGCCGCAAGGAGGAAAAACUAUCAGCUCACGACGGCACAAAGGAAAAAAAAAACAACGAGGAUUUAUAAAUGCUAUAAAAAGUUUGAAAAAAAGAGUCAAUGUGUACAGUACCUGUGCACGUUCCUCCUAUGGUAGGAUCUGUGCAUCUUACUUCUGCGAUGUUGGUUCAGCGGGGACUUGACUGAUGGCAGAAACUUUACCUCUAAUGACGACGUGUCGCUCUUGUUUCUCCUCCGUUUGGCUUCCAUCUCAUGCGUGUGGAUAUUUCGGUUUGCAAGGACCAUAAAGGAUGUGGAAGAACAGGAACAGGUUAAAUGGCAGCGGAUGACAGGAACUCUACCAAAUGCAUGUUAUGGUGACAAGGUCCCAUCAUUGGUAGUGAGCCUCCGAUGGGAAGAACUAUUCCUGCUUGAUGGUCAACUUUAAUGGAUAAGAAGAGGUCGCAAAGUACAUUACUUUAAUUUACUCUCUAUUUUUUCCCCUGCAUCUGCUUUCUGCCUGUACAUGUGUGUCUGACAUGACGACACGUAUGUGUGUCUGAUUAUGUCCUGGGCAGUCGUGCUAAACCAUAACGUUACAAAUGCUCACAAUCACAUGCGCUCAGUUGCCAUACCGCAUAUUAUUUGAGGGUUAGGGUUUGCCAAUUCUAACAGAAGACCGGUUACCAGUCUUUCACAGGUCAAACGACCCUUCCUUCACACCUACAGGUCAUUUGUGAUCACCUUUUAACCCAAAUUGCAUGUUUUAGAAAAAUCUGGAAACCCCAUGACAGACUAGAGCUCUGCAGCUUCACUGGUCUCAUCCCUUGUGGCACAUGGCUACUUUUUCAUUCAUCUAUAAUCAUUUAAAUAUGAAUUAGAACCUUUCCUUAUUGACGUAAUGGGAAUUUAACAAGCAAUGUUACGUUGCCAAAAAUGUAUCCGUGCUGUUACUGAAUUGCAAAUGUCAUUGACAUUGCGAUUAUUAUUUCAACACCCCAUAGCACAGGGAGGGAGAACAUGCAAACUCUUCACUGCAAGGUCCUGAGUGAAGUGUGGUGUCAUUCCUAACCACUGCACCACCGUGCUCCCCCACCCAAGGGUUGCAGUGCUUACAACAAAAUAAUUUAGCAUGAUGCCUGUGAACACUAAUGUCUGUUGACCAACCUUUUUUUUGUUUUGUUAUUGACCCCAAACACAUCAUUGUAAUAAUGAGAUACUGUGUGAGGAGCACUUUUUAGAACAUUAAAUACACAUUUACACAAUUUCACAUGUAGGCUGACCCACCGCAGCGUCAGUAGAUGUAGUGCUUUAGGAACAAUAAUGUCAGGAACAGCUCAUGAGUUAGUGUGUGUGUUCUUGUGUUUAUGUUAUGAUCACUGGUGAAUGUGGUCAGAAAAUAAUUCAGUGGAUAAAACUCUUUGAGUAUGUGCAGAUUAGGGACGCACGAUAUUAUCGGCAAAUAUGAUAUGACUAGUGACUAAAAGAGGAGGCUUAAUAGGCGGCUACCUCCCUCUGCAUUGGCAUAUGGGAGAACAUCAACAAGCCCAAUAUUGUGCUUCCCUAAUGCAGAUACAUUGAAAACUUCGGAGAAUGUUUACAAAGUGGUUCCAUUUUGCCAGGAUGGAAAUGAAAAAGGAUGUUUUAUUUUUUCAAGAAAUAUCAGUGGACUUCAGUGGUUUGAACCUUAAAUGUUCUGUUGGCAGUGUAUUUGUUUUGUAUGUUUGUACAGUCACGCUCACUCCACCUGAGGUUGAAUACAUCAAAUUGGUCGGAUCCACACGUGGACAUGUAGCACCAUGAUGUUUAAAAGGGAGUAGUCUUUUCUUUUUUUUUUGUUUAGCUACUGAAUACAUUUUUUAAUGUUUACAUGAUUCAAAAGACAUAUCCACAGCUCUGCAGACAUCAGCUGUUUUCUUUUUAACAGAUUGCAUGUGAGUCUGCUUGGUGAAAGAUUAGGCUGGGUUUCCCAAAAACACCUAAAUAAUUGCCGAUUUUACACAUUGUGGCUUCCCGAUGUAUAUUCUUUCUCUUUAAAAUGACUUCAACUUGGAUCAGGUUGAAUUCAUCUUAUGGGAAGGAAAGAUAGCUUUUCAUGUGACUACACUUCUAAGCAUGUGUGCACUUUACUUCAUGGUUGUUUUUGUCACACUAACUCUGGGAGACAGAGACAGAGUGUGGACAAAUGCUUUAACCCGAUGGGCAGGCAGAGUCAUGCACAGAGUCAUGCACAGCAAAGCACAGCAGUCCCGAUCAGGCAAGGGCAAGGCAAAAAAUCCAAAACAAGGAAACAGAGCAAUGCACACAGGGAAUUUAAACCAGGGACAGGAACUUGGAACUGUGAGAGUCGUUACCCCAUGAAAACGCUCUACAUGGUGUUUUGUGCACACAAAGCGCGGUUAAAAAUGAAGUAAUACUAUGUGUACGACUGAUUUACUGUGAAACAAAUACGACAGAAGUGCUUAACGCUAAAUGUAGCCGUGUUUGUUUGUUGAUGGCCAUCUUGGAAUCCCAGUUGAAAGUCUGUUCUGGCUACAAAUGUCAUGCGCCAAAAGGUCUGUAGCGGGAACAAAAACGGAGCCUUGACUAAUGUAGUGUUUAUAAGGGAUAUGAAAUACUGUGCGCGUCUACAAUGCAAACAAAGUCCGUGUGAUUUUUCUUUUCUUUGCGAGUGUUUUUGGGAAACCUGACUGUGUGUCACAUCCGAUCUGUAAGAAAAUGCGCGACACAACCGUCGGUACGUCAGUGACGCUACGUCGGAUUUACAAAAGUACACAUUUGUUGCAAAUAAGGUGCCAUAAUGUGUAGAUAGUGUAUUACAUAGAAAUGCAACAAAUGGCACAGUAGGUCAUGUUUAAUGUCAACAAUGCAUCUGUUGAAAUGUGUGUUAGCCCAGACGCUGUGUACACUACAGCACCAUAUUAACAAUGAAAGACUGUAUAUGAAGACUGUGCUGCUUCUUUUUAGUUCAUUUUUUCCUCACCCUGUCACAUUCACACAGAUAGGUUGUGCACUACUCCUGCCCAGUGUUGUGUCACGUGGGCCGUAGCUUCGCCUGAGUUUAGGAAACUAAAGUAACACUUUGUAACAAGCUAUUUAUUUCCAGUCGCGUGUGUUUUAAUUUAUUUUUCAUGUAUGGGAAAUACUUCAUAAAAAAACAGAUGCUUUUUAUUUGUCAGAUGUUUAUUACCAUGGAUUGUGUACUGGCUCCAUUUAGAUUUUAACUGUUGAAGUUCUGUGUAUAGUGCAACAUAUGGAAAAAAAAUAAAUAUUAGAUAUCUGAA